CUUCAGAUGUUUUCAUACGGGAGACAUUUUCCUUCUUUUUCGGGCAAACGUCAAAUUAUCAAGUAAAAAUUUUACUAAGGAUAGCGACCAAGAAGCAUGGACGACAGCACAUCCGACAAUGGCAGACGUAUCUUUAAUGAACCGAGAAAAGAGAUGGAUGAGCUUAUGGAGGAAAACGAGGACGACGAUGCGAAAACGGUACGACGUAUGGACCGUCGCAGGCGCAGAGCUGAGAGAAGAUCAAAUUGCCAAUGCAGACCUAGAGCCAGAUCCAGGAGACGUAGAAAACGGAGAAUUGUUUCGCAGAAUCCUUUCAUCAUCUUCUAUCUCGAGAUGUACUUCAAGAGUCCCGGCAAACGCGUGGCGGAGGUCGCCCGGGAGGCCGGCAAGAUAUGGUCCAACAUGUCCGAUGAGGACAGGAAACAGUACGUAGAACUGGCCGAAAAAGAGCGUAUGAGGCGAUGCAGGAUGAUGAGAAGGAGAGGUGCACGUUAACGCUGGCAGUGAAACUUAUGGCUGUCGUUAAAUGCUCCGGAAGAAGCUUCAGUAACAAACAACGAUAAAGGAUGUUUAUUUAUUAUGGCAAAAAGUUAAGCCAUAAUUUAUUCUUUUUUUAACUUCGGAUACAAUGCAGCGAAAAACAUGUAUUGAAAAUGACAAAUUCGCUGAAAUAAAUUUUACGUUUUAAUUUAGAAUUUCAAUUUAAAAUUAUAAAUAAUGUGAUAUACAUAUUCCAAUUUAAUAUAAAAAAUAUAAUGUGUAAAUCAUCAUAUGUGUAUCGAUAGCAUACGAUACGUAUAGUUUCCGAAAUUUUAAAGCACCAAGUGUACUGCGCUUGAAAAUGAAAAAGUAUAAUAGAACGAAUGGUUGAAACGAACACGAAGGUCAUAAAAACGGUAUACA